GUGUCAGCGGCGCCGGGUCGUUUAGAAAUGGACCAAGCGGCCGCCGAGGAAGCUCGCAGGGAGCGCGACCGGCUCUACGUGAGCGACGAGGAAGCGACUUUCACCCACGACGAGCUUCUGCCGCCGCUGCCGGUCCCGCCGCUGAGGCACACGAUCGACAAGUACCUCGACUCCGUUCGGGCUGUUGCGUCGGACGAGGAGUACGUGCUCACCGAGGGAAUCGCCACGGACUUCGAGAAUGGCGUCGGCGCCGAGCUCCACCAGCAGCUCCUGCAAAGGGCACAGAACUCCAGAAACUGGCUGGAGAAGUGGUGGGAGGACAUGGCGUACCUGUCCCAGCGGCAGCCGCUGCUGCCCAACUCGCACAUGGGCGGCACGUUCGCGCUCUUCGAGGACGCCUUCCAGUUCCAGGGCGGCCGCAGCCUCUGGGCGGCGCGGAACAUCACCUACUACCUCGACUUCUGGGCGCUCCUCAGGCAGGAGAGACUGAAGCCGCAGUCAUUCCGCAAAAUUCCGUGGACCAUGCACCAGUUUAGGAGGUUCUUCAACACUGCAAGAAUACCUGCCGAAGGAAAAGACGAGCUCGUCUGCAAGUUUCUGACCGAGGCGGAGGAGAGCUACGCCGGCGAGUCUCCCACCCACAUCGUGGUGCUCCAGAGCGGCCGCAUGUUCACGUUCGAUCUGCUUAACGAGCUGCGGGAGCCCCUGACGGCGGCUGAGAUCGCCGCUCAGCUGAACCGCAUUGAUGACGCGUGCACUAGCAUGGGUCCUGGUGCAGGCGUGGGCAUCCUCACGCACGGAGACAGGGACAGUUGGGCCCAGAAUCGCACAUUGCUGCAGAGACUACAUCCUAAUAAUGAGCGUUGCUUGCAGCUGAUUGAGGAUUCUAUGUUUGUGCUUGUCAUGGACGAUGCUUCACCCGAGAAUAGGCAAGAGGUAAUGAGCGAGUGCUUAAAAGGUGACCCCAUGAAUCGCUGGUUGGACAAGUCAUACACAUUCGUCGUCUUCAGAAACCUCGCUUUGGGCUCUUCGGCCGAUCACACACCAUUUGAUGGGAUGGUUCCUGUUACCUGCGCUCAUUAUGUACACUUGACAUAUCUGGCAACAAAACAUAACCCGGAUGAUGGAACUGUUCGUGCGGCCCUCCCGAUGCCAGAAGAGCUGCAGUUUCACCUGGACCAUACUCUGGAGUCGGAGAUGGAGCGUGUGAAGUCGGAGUACUAUGCCUUGUGUGACAACCUGGAAGUAGUGUGCGAUGUCUUCACCGGCUACGGCAAGGGCUUUAUGAAGCCAGUGCGAAUCCAUCCAGAGGCGUUCCUGCAGGUUGCAAUCCAGCUGGGCUACUAUAAACUGCAUAGAAAACCAGGUGCAACAUACGUGACAGCGUCAACGCGAGGCUUCUAUCACGGCCGAACAGAGACGUGCCGUGCAUGCACACCCGAGUUGGUUGAAUUUGUCAAAGCCGCUACAGAUGGCAGAACCUCACUAACAAGAGUCGUCGCACUCUUAAAAGAAGCCGUGCAGAAGUUUGAAAAUCUCAUGGUAGAAUGCUGCAAGAACUACGGUUGUGACCGUCAUUUGAUGGGCCUUGCACUCACUGCCUUGGAAGAAGGCAUGCCCAUGCCUGACCUCUUCCUGGACCCUGCAUUCGUCAAGAGUGGUGGCAACGGGAACUUCAUAUUAUCGACCAGCUGCAAUGGCUACACGCCACUUAUCGGCUGCGUGGCUCCAAUGUGUACAGAUGGCUACGGCGUCUUCUACAGCAUUGAAGAGAACAAGAUCAUCUUUGCCUUGUCUGCCUUCAAGGAGAGCGAUGAGACUGAUGCACGGACGUUGUUUCAGCACAUCGUGCGCGCGCUGUUUGAUUUGCAGGGUCUGCUGCUCUCGGCCAAGCUGUGACAUUUGAUGAUUGAGGCCAUGCUUGCGUGUUUUAACUCUUGUGGAGACGCCACGCGCGCUGCCCAAUGUAGAUCAGCCGAAGACCAAGGGCAGUGCUGGGCGUGUUCAUAACACUGUGAUUGUACCUUGUAUUUUAUUUGUCCGACGGUUUCGAUUUAGCAACAUUUUUUUUAUUAGGUAGAUGUUUGUAUUUUUUUUACCAUGAUGAUGUAUAUUUUGCGACCCUAUUUUUUACAAACAAUGCACAGCAAUUGUAUUCAGGUAUGCUGUUCGUAUACACAAGGUAUUCACGAGGAAGGAGGUGUACAGCUGCAGCUUUUCUGCACUAGCUUCUCGUUUUUUGUUUUUCGUUUCUUCAAUUGUGCCCUUUUUCACACUCACGGAAAAAAUGUUUUCACUAUAACGAGGGCACUGAAGUAGUAUUCUCAAGUGCAUCAUUUUUAUAAAGCCCCCGCAAUUAAUACUGCGAAUGUUAUUCAUUGCCCUUAUAAUAAUGACCAGUGAACCUUCAAGUACUUAAGCUGGGCAGUGGAAUAUAUUUUGUAUGCAGGGAUGUGCAAACAUUUGUGUUUUAGCGUGCAGAUCGGGCACCACCUGGUGAAGUAAUUGAGGUCAAUGUUCGCCUACUUAAUCUUGAAUAAUUUUAGCAACUGAGUUUUUAACUCUUCUCGCGUGUCAACGCAGAUCUGAUAUAGUAGCUGUAUUGAAGGCCACUUAGGUUGCUUGCCUAAAUCACGGCAAACUUUUAUUUCUCUUGACCACCGAAAUUGGGCCACAUUAAAUUGAUUGAUCAGGGUUCUCACACAAGUGCAUCACUGUUGGCAAGAUAAUAGCUCGGUAUGCGAGGUAAUCAGAGGAAUAAAGCAGAGGAGUUAUCUACACUUGAAGGUGUGAAACCUGCUCCGACUGAUGUAGUACAUCAUUAUGAGUAAAGUGUUGUCAGUCAUUUAUAACAAGAAGACUAUUAAAUAAAACGUGAGAAUUAAAGAAAAAUGCAGCUGCA